GUACCACCUUACAUAAACCACUGAUAUCCUGUGGGUCUAUUUGCAAUAGGGGGCCAGGAGCAGAAGCUCAACCUGCCCCAUUAAAUAGAAAACAUUGGCUAACAUCGGUCCCAGAACAAAUGUUAGGACUAAUCAAUGAUUUGUGACCAGUCUUAAAACCCAUCCAUACUACUACUAAUUUCCAUGUCCCAUCCCUACUCUACAGAGGCGAGACAAGCAGGAGUCUUGUGUGCUGUGCUGGGGGCGGGAUGUCAGGUUUAGUUUAUGUUUGGAGGGGAGUGAGCAGCAGGUGUGCAGGGCAGGUUGGGUGGUAUCAGGUGUACUGCUGGGAGAAGCACAAGCUGCAUACAUCAGUAAGGACAAGGUGACCCCUACCUCCUGAUCAGUGAGAACAUGGCUACCUACAUUCACACUGGUAUCCUGCUAUCCGCCAUCACGCUGUGGACUGCCUGGGCUGAUCUGGAUGCCAGAAUAAUGGAGACCGGAAGAUCCCAGCUGCAGAUUCUUCAGAACUUUGCCCAACAUCCUCGAUAUGGCGACUGCUGGAGCCGUGCUCUUCAGAGGGUGGAUGUGGGGUGUAAGCAGCUGAAUGAGGAGGAGCAGAGCCGAAUAGCUCUCGCUUUCACCCACUGUCACCUGGAGAGGUCAGGCCGCGGCUUCCCAGCCUGCACAGAACACAGCACGGUCCGGCAGUGCACACGUGGAAUGGAUUCAGUGGCGUUUAACGCAUAUACAGAGUUCUUCACACACGCUCACAGUAUCUGCUACUAUCUGCAGAAUGAGCUGUGGCAGGGGAAGACUGAGGAUAUUAUUCUCCGGCUAACGGUGAACUCUGACAGUGUAGCCAGGCAGCUGGAAGCCACAAACAUAAUGGCGGAAGAAAUGAUGCAUGCCCAGAAUGCAACACUCCAAUCCCAGGAGGCAAUCCUACGCAAUGGGCACUUACUGAAGCAAACGCUCCAGGAAUCUACAAUGGGAGUGAAGCUAGCUUUCCAAGAGAUGCAGCAAUCUGCCAGUGAGCAGCGGCUACUGUUUUCUGAGAUCUUUAACCGCAUCACCUACUUGCAUCAGUUUGUGGUGGGAGAAUCCAACACCCUCUACUCCUUCCUGUACAACCUCUUGGGAUGCGGAGCGGUCUUCCUGCUAACCUCUACUCAGCGGACCGCUGGUGCCAGGCUGUUCCUAUUUAGCCUGGUAGUGGCUAACGUCUACACCGAGAGGAUGGUCUGCUCGUACAUCUUGGGUGGAUCCCAGCCCAGCUAUGACGAGACGGAGAAUGUUGCAUUCUGGGUUGGAAUAUCACGGAAAAUCUCCAUUUCACUUGGGCUGCUGGUUCUCCUUUACUUCUCUGUGACGUAUCGGGAUGUACAGCGCCAGAGCCUGGAGGUCCUCCGGGGACUGCAGGAGACUAAAGCAGAGCUGCAGAGCAUUCUACAAGAGGCAGAGAAGCUUCUUAACAAGCCCAGCUGUGGUCAAGACGAGAUUCUGCUGAAGGAAGACUUGUUGUUCGGGGAUUCCGGAAUUACUGAGUCCUCUGUUAUUCAGGAGCAUUCCAUUCAGGCUAGCCUGCUGGACUCUGUAUGCAGUGUACAGCUUGAUACGCAGAUCACAAGCACUCCAAAAAGAAGGGUCCGUUCCAGGUCCCGUUCCAGGUCCCGCUCCAGGUCCCGCAGUGUUAGUCACAGGAGGCGCGUCAGACCCUCAGAGCCAGCUGUGUACAAUAUUGCGGUCACCCAGACAGAGGCUCCGCGGUACAGCCUGCGCAGCAACGCCUCCGUCAGCAGCUCCUUGUCAGCUCUGUAGAAGGAGUGUUCUGGAGAAGCCGGUCUGGCUUUCCAUGUAAUAGUGUGGCCAUGGCAUUCUGCAUCCCCGAGCAACCAAGAUUUAAAUAUUUUGUAUAUUAAUUUUUAUUGGAUUUGUUUAAUAAAUGUUUAUACGCUG